CUCACAUUUUAUUUAUUCCCACCAGACGUUUGAGGGUUAAUUUCUUUAUAUCGCCGAGCCCGUACAACAGAGGGAGCUGUUCCUCCAGAACUGUAAAUCAGACACAGCCUCUGGCUCACUGUCUGAACGUGGUGUGCCAGGCGGGCGUUUCCCAGCUUCUUUUCUGUGUUGUGUGUGUCUGGCUCCGGAUCUCGCUCCAUGUUCAUGGUCACCACCGGGCCCUCUCGGCUCAGCCUACUGCUUCCCCACCAUCUUCCCUCCCCAAAUACAGCAGGGGGGACACACGGCAGCCGGUGCGGAAAAUUAAAGUGAGUUGGAAAUCUACUUGGCGGCGCAGACUUAAGCAUCUUAACGUCUGCAGUCGCCUGGAUCAGUCGGUGCUGGGGCACAAUCUGGGAGUUUAAUAUAGGCCAGGAGAGAAGAGAACGACGCUGUGCAAUCCACGGGGAGGGACCGAGCUGCCUCCUGUCCCCGCUGCUGUGCGAGUGGCCCAGGCAUCACCCUCGCCCCCCACUCCGCUGACCAGCAGCAGACCGGGGUUGGGGGGGGGGGGGGAAGAGAAGGGACACACGAAGACCCACGGGAGGAGGAGGAGGAGGGGGUGGGGGCAAUAAACCCGCGACCACGGAGCAUUUUCUUUUACUUUCCUGUAGCGGCGGGGCGGUAAAUGGAGAAUUAAAGUGGAGAGGGAGAGGGAAGAAAAUAGACGCAUAAAACAAUCUCCGAGCAGACGGAGAGAGCAAUUUAAAUGGAAGGGAAAAGCAUCUGCACUUGGAUGAAAAGAAAAUCACUCAAGGAAGAUUGAAAGUAAUUUCGACCGGACUAACUCCCCGCUUCACGCCGAAGAGAAAAAAAAAAUUGUCGACGGGAACAUCUCUUCAAAACGCCACGGGACUUAAUAAAUAAGUGAACGUUUAUUUUUCGCCGUUCCCUCAGAGCGGAAAAGCAGCAUCGUCGAGAAGGAAAAAAAAACCGGGACAUCGUCGGAAUUUAAAAACACAGGGAUUCCCCCCCCCCCAAACAAGUUUAUAUUUUUAAUUUUCGAUUCCGUCCUCCGACACAGAAUUAAACUUUAAGGAAGAUUUUAACAGCGAAUGGAAAUCUUCGGAAUAUUGUCCUGAUCUUGCCCUCCCGCAGAAGAAAAUAGUUUCAGAGAGAAGAGGAUUUCCCCACCCUCUUGGUCUGGAAGCCGACAGCUCCCCGCCCCGGAUUUUUAAAUAACCGAAGACUUAAAAAGGAAAACAAUUAUAGGUCCAACUGGACCGAGAGUUACCGUAGAGGGGAGCCGCUUGUCGCCCGUGGUCCGGGCCCGUCUGGCUGGAGGGGCGCCUCUCCUUCAGGCCACCGACCGUUGGUCGCGCGGAUUUAAAGCGGCGCCGCGAGCUGAGGGUCGGACGGACUCGGUCGGUUGGCGGGCCCGCGGUUUUCCCCGACGCGAUCCCUAGGCUUUUACUUUCUCCUGGCUGCUUGCCUGCGGGAAUGAUGAGUGCCAGGUCCCGGGUUGUUGGCGGUGUGCUGCCCAGCUGUCAUUAACCAAGGGGCCGCACACUUGACUGCACGACGCCUUCUGAUUAUUUUUGUAAAUUCAUCCUCGUUGGACAUGGCUGCUUCCUUCUGCCUUCUCUUCUUUGGGAUGCAGGCCGCCUUGUUGAGCGCCGGGGGCGCUGCCCAGAGUAAUGAGAGGCGCUGUGCCUUCAAAGAUUCGUUUACACAUUCUGAGGAGCAUGGCAUCAGUAAAGAACGCAUCAACCAGGAAAAUGGCACCAUUGUCUGUGAGAAGGGCUAUCAGUGCUAUGGAUUGUGGGAGAAGAUGAGUGAUGGAGGCAUUCGCAUAAAGAAACAAGGCUGUUGGGUUCACUUUGGAGACAAGGAAGAGUGUCACCCUCCAGAGUGUGUGGUGACAAACCACAGAGAGAAUGGGACUUACCGCUUCUGCUGCUGUAGUACCGACAUGUGCAACGUUAACUUCACGGAGAAAGUUAUCCCGGAGCCUGCCCCGACACAAACAGUACCACGCAGUGCUUGGAGUCAACAUUCCAAAGAGGAGCCAAUUGUAAUUGCCUUGGCAUCAGUAUCUGUUGUAGCUGUCCUGAUUGCGGCUUUCUUCUUUGGAUAUAGAAUGUUUGCAGGAGACAGGAAGCAUGGACUUCACAGUAUGAACAUGAUGGAAGCAGCACCCUCGGAGCCUUCCCUGGAUUUGGACAGCCUCAAGUUGCUUGAGGUGAUUGGCCGGGGUAGAUAUGGUGCGGUGUAUAAAGGAUCGUUGGAUGAACGCCCAGUUGCUGUGAAAAUCUUCAGUGCUUCAAACCGUCAGAAUUAUAUCAAUGAGAGAGACAUAUACAGGCUCCCACUGAUGGAGCAUGAAAACAUAGCCCGCUUCAUUGUGGGUGAGGAAAGGAUAUCCAGUGACAACAGAACAGAGUACAUGCUGGUGAUGGAAUACUAUCCCAAUGGGUCAUUGUGUAAGUACCUGAGUCUCCACAGCAGUGACUGGGUUAGCUCCUGCCGGCUGGCACACAGCAUUACCAGAGGCCUCGCUUACCUUCACACAGAACUACUGCGACCUGAUCAAUACAAGUCAGCUAUUACACACAGAGAUCUCAACAGCAGGAAUGUGCUAGUGAAGAAUGAUGGAACGUGUGCCAUCAGCGACUUUGGCCUUUCCAUGAAACUGACUGGCAAUAGAUUGGUUCGACCAGGAGAGGAGGACACUGCGGCCAUCAGUGAGGUUGGCACAGUCCGUUACAUGGCUCCUGAGGUGCUGGAGGGAGCAGUAAAUCUGCGGGAUUGUGCAUCUGCUCUCAAGCAGGUGGAUAUGUAUGCACUGGGCCUUAUCUACUGGGAAAUAUUCAUGAAGUGCUCAGACCUUUUCCCAGGAGAGACAGUGCCUGACUAUCAGAUGGCCUUUCAGGCUGAGGUGGGAAACCACCCCAGCUUUGAAGAUAUGCAGCAUUUGGUCUCAAGGGAGAAGCAGCGACCCAAAUUUCCCGAAGCCUGGAAAGAGAACAGCCUGGCAGUCCGAUCACUAAAGGAAACAAUGGACGACUGCUGGGACCAGGAUGCAGAGGCUCGUCUCACAGCCCAGUGUGCAGAAGAGAGAAUGGCAGAGCUCAUGGUGAUGUGGGAUCGAAACAAGUCUGUGAGUCCCACGGUCAAUCCCAUGUCGCAGUUUACUACAACAGCCAUGCAGAAUGAACGGAAUCUGUCACAUAGUCGUCGAGCGCCAAAGAUGGGACCCUACCCUGAUUAUUCUUCCUCUUCAUACAUUGAAGACUCCAUCCACCACACUGACGGUAUGGUAAAAAAUAUCUCAACUGAAAACUCUACAUCUGGCACACCAUCGACCACCAGUGAGAAAAAUCGCAACUCCAUUAAUUAUGAAAGGCAGCAGGCUCAAGCACGGAUCCCCAGUCCAGAGACCAGCAUCACCAGCUUAUCAGCAACAACUACCACUACAAACACUGCGGGCCUCACACCCAGCACUGCCAUGUCCACAAUCUCGGAAACACAGUACUCUGAGGACACUAAUACACAAGUGGGCAACUUACUGCCACCUCUCGGCUCUACUCCAGUAUGUCUGCAGCUGACUGAAGAAGACCUGGAGACCAACAAGCUAGAUCCUAAAGAAGUGGAUAAGAACCUCAAAGAGAGCUCAGACGAAAACUUAAUGGAGCACUCUCUGAAGCAGUUCAGUGGAUCUGACCCUCUUAGUGGUAGCAAUCCCAGUCUCCUCUACCCUCUGAUCAAGCUGGCAGCUGAGGUAACCGGGCACCAGGAUUUUCCCCAACCCAGCACCAGCCAGGCUUGUUUGAUCCCUGACAUCCCAGCCACUCAUAUGUACCCCCUCCCCAAACAACAAAACAUCCCCAAGCGUCCCACCAGCCUUCCCCUCAACACCAAAAACAUGGCGAAGGAAUCACGACUGAAGUUUGGCAGCAAGCACAAGUCAAACCUUAAGCAGGUGGAGACAGGAGUGGCAAAAAUGAACACCAUAAAUGCAGGAGAGCCCCAAGUGGUUACUGUCACAGUGAAUGGCAUUGCUAGAAGAGACCAUGCAGGGAACCCACACCCUGUGGUCACACAGUAUGCUAAUGGAUCAGUGCCUGGCCCUCAGAAGUCCAAUGUAGUAAGCCAUCGAGGCCAGGAACCCCUCCAAUCUCAGUUUAGUGGGGAGGACAGCAGAGUGAACAUAAACUCCAGUCCAGAUGAACAUGAACCAUUGCUGAGGAGGGAACAACAAGCCACUCGGGAUGACAUCAUUGCCGAGAGGCUAAUGGACAGGAGGGAUCGUCCACUUGACCAGGGACGGACAAAUUCUAACAAUAACAACAACAGCAAUCAAUGUGGCACAGUAGAUGGUACAUUGGCAAAUGACCAGCAAGGCCCAGUGGCACGGCGGCAAGGAAGGAGGGCAGAAAGGCCAAACUCACUCGAUCUCUCGUCAGCCAGCAUUCUGGAUAGCUGUAGUACGCCAUGUGAGACAACAAAGGAAAGUAAGCAGGCCUCUUCUGGGGACAAAAUAAAGAAACGAGUUAAAACUCCAUACUCGCUAAAGAGAUGGCGACCUUCAACAUGGGUCAUUUCAACAGAGCCCAUUGAUGGCGAGGUCAACAACAAUACUGGCAGCAACAGUGCAGUGGGGCGUUCGAAAUCCAGCACCACGGUUUACCUGAUCGGGGGUAGUGGUGGCACUGCCACAGCAACAGUUGGCAGGGAGACAGGACUGAACUGCCUGUGAAUCUUUAACUAUUACUUUGUACUUCGUAAGGAGAGAAAGAAACAAAUAUAAAAGGACAGCUAUUCCACCCUUGAACUGCACCCUUUUCCCACCAUCUUGAUAACCCCUUCCCAAAUUCACACUUGCUUUAGAGUUCAGCUAUGCAGCAAAGCUUAGAAAAUCUGUCAUUUUUGAGAGCUUUUUUUUGUUUGUUUUCCUUCUUCUUGCACUUUUUUUGGAAAGGAAGAAAGAUAAUCUUUGAGUGAAGCCUAGCCUGAGGCAAGCACUACGAAGGGUCUCACAGAGGUCUCAGAAAAACAAGCAGCACACAACUUUAUUAGCACUCAUUGUGGAUCAGCUGAACCUCUGGUGAAGAUCAUGCACGUGGGUUCUCAAGGCAGGUGUAACUAAUGGUGAGCAAUGUGGAAAACACUAAAGUAUUUUGCCUCCCCAUUGAUGCCAUUUAUGAAGACAUUCUGAUUUUGUUACUGAAUUAUAAAGAGUAUAGUAUCACCUUUUGAGAAAAAUACCUUUUGUUGGAAUGUGCAAUAGGCUUAGCUUAGUAACGCUUUUAAGAAAAGAAAGAAAAUUAUUAUUUAAAAGUUGUGUCUUUUCUCUGUAUAUCACUGAAGGUUGCUUAAUGUGCAUGGGCCAGUGGUGACCUUGUUCUUCUUCUGCAGCCCCUUCCCCUUCAACACACCCAUCCCCCACUCCAGCCAUGGAGGGCUGGUGCACUAUGCAUGGUCCCCAAAUGUUAUUAUGGUGGCACUCAUCUCCCCUCCCUCCCAUAGAAUUGCCAUUAGCCUCCUCAUCUGACCCAUGAAUACACAAUUCUGUUUUAGUGGGCCAAGCACUUAAAUUGUCCAAUACCUUGCCAUCUUCUUCCACCGCCCCCCCCCCCCCCCCCCCCAUUCCCUCUGAACCCUAACCACUAAAACCCAUUCUAAAGGUGUGUCUGAUCCUGCACCUACUUGGCUUCUGAAACUUUUAAUAAUGGAUCAAUCUUUAUGGUGCACCAGUUUUUUCUGUAUCAUUGUUUCAUGUUUUAUUGUGAACAUGGAUGUGGAUGAACUGAUUAUGCAGUGAAUUUUCACCUCUGGUUCAUGGGUUCAAAUUCUUGACAAGUCCCUUCUGAGUGCUGGCUCUAAGCCUCUUUUAAAGAAGAAGGUUAAAUGGUCUCAAUCCACUUCUUCAGUUGGCAUGAACUCACUGUACAAAACAACUCUGAUUUACACUAGAUUUAUAGUCUUACUCCAGAGGGCCCUUUAUGUCCACAAGGGAAACAAAUCACAGGUAGAGUUGGAUACUCUCCUAAGGUUGGACCUUAAAGCCAUGUAAACUGGAACAUAGAGGAGUAUCCAACCCAUGCUAUACAUUCCCUGGGAGGGUUUGUUAUAGGACAAUGUGGAAAUUAGCUUUAAACUGUAUCUAACUUGUGCCUAUACUUGGCCUUUAAGGGUAUUUGGUGCUGACAAUAGCUGCUCAAAGAGGAAAAUGUUUCUUUCUGAAGUGCUAAUAUCCCUAGCCUUGAGAGGUUCAUCAAAAUAACAAAAGUUUAAAUGGCCACUCUAAUCCCUAAUUGAAGUUUAAAGGAAGAUUUCUGCUAUUAGAUCUCCUGACCUCUCCUGCUUCUGUGCUGGAUAGCUACAGCUUACACUGCACCUUUUAUAAUUUUCACAGCAAGCAGAGCAGCCAAAAAUAGAAGAAUGGAGGAGAGGAUUAGUUUCAGAUUUGUGACAGACUGGAGAUGUUCAGGGUGAAACAUGUCCACUUCAUUGAGGUCCAUUUGAAAUCUGGCUUCUCUGAAUCACGUUGAAAAUGUAAGGUGGCUGCACUGUAACUGGUAGUUCAGUCUCCAGGGGAGCCAGUUCAUUAGAACACUGAUUCAUGCCUUGUGGCCAUUAUGUGCCCUUGGUCAGAAUAGCGGUAAAUAUAAAUAACAGGUGAAUAACCUUCAUUCGCCCAGUUCAUGCUUCAUUUCUGUCUUCCAGUGUGAAAGGUUAGCUUGUUUGGCUAUAUCAAGCUGCAGUAAAUGACAGUAAACAGUUUUAAGAAGUAAACCCAGCACAAUCUAUACGUACAUAUCUGACUCCAUGAUUACAGAUAUUAGAAUUCUGAGCACAGCAGCUCAGUUGUCGAAUCAGGCCCAGAAUUAAUCCUCAUAUUUGGGCCUAGUUUCUGAAUAUCAGGUGCUCCAGCAGUUUGGCUGCUGCAGUUCAAUCCCCAGACUCAGGGCAGGGUUCUCCUAGCUGGUGGCCCUCUUGGUGGAAGGGUUGGUUGGAAUCAUACCAGGGUCUCCAGUGCUGCCCAUUGCUAAUUUUUUUUUACAGCAUGUGCUGUUUGAAGGGAUUUCCUCCUGCAUCAUAUCCGAAUGAUUCCAGUGAUAAAGGAAUUCCAUGACAGGGAUAAAAUAGACAAUCUGGGAUUUUUCUUUUUGGAGCACUAAAGGCUAAGGGAAGAGAUGGUGGAGGUGUACAAAACCUUGAUUAAACAGGCUGGAGUUGGGGGGUGCGGGGGGCUGUCAAAGGCUAGAGGUCAGAGAUUUAAAGUGUUUGGCAAGAGAUCGAAGGAGACACACAGUAUUUUUUUUAACCCAAGCAUUAUCUGCAAGUGUAGUGGAUGUAGAUUCAGUUGUGGCUUUCACAUUGAACUGGAUUAAUGUUAGAAAAUUAAAUGGGUGGAAAAAAACAGGAAUGGGACUGCCUGUCUACAGAAAACUGCCAGUGCCAUAGACUCAAAGGGCAAAAUGAUGUGUUGUUUUAAUGCUACAUGCCCAGAAUCAUGGCAGCUAACAGCAGUGUGAAACGAGGUGGAGGUCGGGUAUUUGUGGGUGGACAGGAACAUUGGUUUUUUACAGGCAUGGGUUCUUAAUCAUUGGGUUUUUACUAACAAGCAUCUGGUGAGAGUCUUCCAGCCUGAUGUGAGAAAUCAAAAACCUGUCCCAAGACACUCUAACUCAAGCCCAGUUAUUCUAAAAUAUCAGCCAAAAUCACUCAACAAUUUGCAUGUCAUCACCAGUUAGAAAUUCAAAAGGGUAUUUUUUAACGAUGUGAAUGUCGGAAGAGCGAAAUCUAAACAGAAGCAAUCCACAAAAGAUCGGUUGCUGAGCAACAGAAAAGACAGGAGAGCAUUUUGAGAGAGAACUCUUCCUCAGUUGAGUAUCAUUUUUACUUAUACUUGACCUUUGUCUCUUUAUCUUAGUGGAUUUAAUACUGGUUCUUUUAGACUGACCUCAGUUCAGUCAUCAUUUGUGCCAUUUUUGUUUUGACAAUCUUUGGUUGGGGGGUGGGAAACAAGCUGAUUUCACUUUCAGUAGGAAACUUUAGUUCCAAAUCCCAGCAAAAAUCACGACUUAAAAACAAAAGCAUUCAAUAACUGCUGAAUGUCAUUUAUUUGGGUGUAAUGAUUAGGAGUUCAGAUUCUCUCCAUAAUUAGCAAUUGCACUAGUUAUGUUAACAAGAGUAGCUGAUUUCAGUAAUCGAGAGGCAUUUGCCCUGAUGGCUUACCAAUACAGUAUGUAAUUAAUCCACAAGGUUCAGAAAGGAGUCUAACUCCAUGUCCUCUUUUGAUCUCAGCUAAAGUUCUCAGGGUAAAAGUGGACAAAUCAGUUGGAAUGUGCCCAAGUGUGAGAACAGAGUCGCCCUUGGAUUGUGAUGCCCCCACAUUUAAACUGCCUGCCAACACUCACUAUGUAGGCACGUGCAUGGAACAUGACCCUGGAUGAGUUACUAAUGGGGAAGCAGUACUAUUAUCUUGGAGAAAAGGAGAGGAGUAAAUUUAGAGCAUCAGGAUGUGUCUGAUUAAGUAGUCAAGAACACUAUUAGAUUUAUGGAGAAAAUUUACCAUAGCAGGUAAAAUGUUUCCUGCAGCACUGGAGUUAUCUGAGGCAGGGAUCAGUUCUAGCCCUGUGCCAAAGAUAUGUCCGGAUGCUUGGAAAUAAUGCAUAGAUACCUUAUAUCAUGAUAUUGUAUUAGAAGAAUUGCAGAAUUGAUUAACUUACAGGCAUCAUUACUGCAAUAUACUGCAGCUUUGAGAUUGUUACACAGGGGUCAUGAAGUACCUCACAACCCUUGCUUAUAUAAAUAUAUAAAUGUGUUAAUUAUUCUGACAUAACAGAACAUUAUAAGACCAUUCUUAGUUAUAAUAUUGAGGAGCUAUAGCAGUUGAAGGCAUUUUAUAAAGGUGUUGAGAUUAAGAUUUUUUCCUUAUAUGUGUAUAUCAGAACACUACCACUGCCCAGUGAUUCAAAGUAAUUUUUCUCAGUCAUUCCUGCUGGCAACAGAUUCAGAAUUGAAAUCACAGCCUUGGGAUGUUACUUCCAGUAAUGAUGCUUCAUCAUGUAUUGAUAAAUAAUCCAAAUCAAAAAGGUUCUGAUGCCCUUGACCACUUCUGGAUAAGAUAAUGAAUGGGUAGAUGGGAUGUGUGUUUUGUAAAGUUUGUACUGCAUGGUUAUUGUAACGUUGAAUGUGUCUGAAUGAAGCUGUUCAAUCUUCCAUUUACUUAAAAAUUAAUAAUUAAAAUGUCAGCUGGCACUACAGGGACAAUUGUAACCAUAACCUGUUUUCUAUAUGUGCUGUAAUUAAAUUGCUUUGGUAGCUCCAGGUUCCAAUGAUUGGAAAAGAACCAAGUUACUGGUACAGCCUGCUGACUUAAUUGGGGUGACUAGCUGGCUGUAAAAUCCUGCUUAUUAAAGAGUAUAUUCAUGACA